UAGGCGCCCUCUGGAACGCGUCCAUAGAGAGCAAGAAACCUUUUCAAUCUCUCAAAGUUGACACCCUACCUGUCCCCAUUCUCUUGUUAUCCUCCAGUCUUAUGUUCUCCUGCACCUUACAUUUCUUCAUUUCAUCGAAACGCACGACUUGCACUCUCCUGUCACAGUACUCGAUAUUCGCCAUCAUUUACAGAGCCCUCUGACCUUGUCAUCACUACACCUAUGGCUCUCGCGUGCGACAAACCAGGCAUCUCGCCGGACUCUCAGUGGCCAUGUGGCUGUCGGCUCAGCGAGAAGAGCCCUGUGUGUGGAAUCCAACAAGACACGACGUCCUGUCCUCAGCUGAAUUUUCCGAAGCCUGAUGGCGUCGCUGUUGUAGUCGCAGACAGACCUCUGCUUCGAAUGGAUGGCUCGGUCGAUGUUGAUAGCGGCCUACCUAUGAACACAAUUCGCUUCCCAGAUGGGACCAGCAGCAGUGUGAAGAUGAUUGGGGAGCUGCCUCUGGCAUACAAGAGUGGAUAUCCUAUUCUCAUAUCCGAGCACAAGCUUUGCAACGCUAGCAUCACUUCAAUCAGGGCCCCAGAAAGAGAAACCAGGAUACCAGGGUACAUUUACGAGAUACAAGAAGAUCCCAACCGGUUUGCCUUCUCCGUGAUACCACUUUUCCUUCAAGAUCACCGACAAUGUCACGACUGCCCGAGCAUCAAUCAAGUCGUCAAAGUGGUAUCCGAAUUUUGGCGCGAGUCCCAAGAUAAUGCCACUCCGGAGUUUGAACGGUUCGUCGUAGCCCUUCUCUCCGUGUUUUACAACACUGGCAUACGAAUGGGCUUAGGGUUCGGCCAAUACAAUGGAACAUUACGACGGGCUACACUACGAGACGAGAGACUCAUCUUGUUCUGCGACAACGAGAAGCAUAGGGACAGUGAAUGCGACCCCAUACUCGAGGUUGAGAUUCGCUGUGAAAGCGUCUUGUUGAGUGCUUCAGGAAUCUAUUUGGUGGACGAUACCCACAAGCUCGCGCAAGGUCUGUUAUGUUGUCAUCAAACUGAGCCCACGCUGGCAUGUCAUACUGUAUGGAAGUCAUCCUCGAGCACUCAGCCACAUACAAUCAACGUCCUUGCCGACCGUGAUCGCGUGAUGGUUACUAAGACCUUCUCCACGGGCUACCCGACUCCUGAAUGGGAGAAGAUAAGACACAUACUUGAGGAUCGCCUCGCAUAUCAACGCGAAGUUCUGACUCCCGAUGAGUUCGAGGUCCUGUUGACACAAAUUCGAAGACACGAACAACAAUCCCGAGCCACUCCUGAGCAGGCACUCAGGGGAGCUGUCAACUCGAUCCCCUACAUAAAGAACGCACGGCUGCGACACAUCAUGAUGCAAAAGUCGAGAAAAAUCCACCAGUCACAAUAUCCGAUCCCCCAGCCCGUUCGUGAAGCGAUAUGUCUUCAGCAAAUCUUUCUUGACCCUCCUCAGACAUUCGGAGAAGAAGAAUACGAAUCCCUAAAUCAGAAGCGACAACAAAAUGAAGCCAAUUUAAUUGUGGAAAUUGAGCGCGUAUGGUCGAAGGACGUCACUAAAGAAGAAAGUAAACCGGUUCUCGGGUUUGUGCUACGUAUGCUUGCGUUGCUGCAGUAUUUUCCGGCAAGACUUUAUGAGUACGAGGACGAGGCGUCAGAGCAAGAAGAAAAAUCAGGCUAUCAUUCCCUGGCAAUACAGCACUCUGGAGUGCGCCUGGAUUUCCCUCGAGCGCGCUCAUUAUCCUUCGAAUGGAUGGCUUUGGAGAGAGCUUUUCGUGACGGAGAGAUGGCAGGUCAGCUCGGCCUCAAGUUUGACACUCUCCCUGAUGUAUUCACGAAAAUACCACAGUUCGAAGGAUUCUACGAAAAGAUAUUUUCGCCCCUUUCAGAAAAGUACUGGUGUGGAAGGGUCGAAUCGAAGGAGGACCUGAGUUUACUUUGUCAGUGCUUCAAGACCUUACCCAGUGCUCCCCCACCUGCGGAUACCACCUAUGUUCUUAUGAGGCCGGCGCGACCAUACAAGAUUCAACAGGAUUGGGUCUAUCAAGAAUACAAGUACCCUUUCACCACGUAUGCCACGCAGUCGGGCUCCUCCAUCUCGCUGGGAGAAUGGGAAUUUGAUUAUACGUCUUUCUUUUUCAAGGUGGUUGAUCUAGGCGGGGAUAACCAAACCACACCAUUCCAGGAUCACGGAAAGACUUCGAAGAUUUCGUCUCCCGCACUCUCUGACCCCGAAGCGAUGCCAUUUCCUGGCUCGAACACAAAGUUCAAGCACUUCCCGACCUACGACCAUGUUUCAAUCAUGGUCGAGGAACGGCAGGAUCAAGAUUACAGUUUUCGUCAUGAACAUUCUCAAUGGAUACGAUCAGAGCAUGAAAAAGCGAAUCAUCAUAAUAUUGUGGAAAAAGACGCACACAUGCAAGACACUGAUAUGGUUUGAUUGAAAUGAACGACGACAAACUGACGUUCGAAGAUGUGAGAUGAACUGCACAGAGCUUAAGACAAACUCACAAUGAGCCUUAUUGGAUUGACUGAGUAUUGCUCAUAACAAACAGUCUCUGUUUAAUCUCUAUUUCUUGUCUCUGGUCAUGCCCAGACAGUUCACAUUCAAGUCCGGGCCUUCUUACAUUCCUCACACAGUAUCGCAUUAUCACACCAUCUACCAGUUCAAUGUAGCUCUACAAAGACAGGCAUAGUGACAUGCCUUUCUUCUUCGCCUUCUACACUAGUCGCAGGCCCUACUCACAAGUUCGCUCUGACACUAGCGCGUAAUAGACUCUUUCAUAUUCAUCUUCAAGGGAGUCAUAUCUAGAUGAUUCGUU